AGAGGUGUUUUGAAUCUUCUGCAUGUAAAUCCUUCGUGAGCAGAACGAUAAGUCCAAGCUGUAUUUUAUACAAAGAUGACGCAACAGAGAAAAUGCUAAUAGGCGCAACUAAUACCGAUUUUUAUCAGUUGAGAAGAUCUGUGCCGACCAAUUAUACAGACGGAAAAUGUCCGUUGGAUAUAGUUGACAGUGCUUAUCUCCCUAGUCGCAAUGACGUCGGUGGAUUGCAUGGUCUUAAUUAUACGACAUGUUUGUACAGCUGUGAAACAAAACCAAAUUGUCAGUCGUUUGACUACCAAAUAUAUACAAAAAAAUGCUUUUUGUCAAGUAAAACUCAUUCUGAUCACUUUUUGAAGUUUGGGACAAAUGGUGUUUACACUGAAUUAAACAAAAAACUUUGGAAUGACUUCAGACAGUCACAUACACUGGAGAAGAUUAAUUCCGUCGGUUGUGGUGUAAGAGUUCUCGACUCUUAUUAUUUCGUUGAAAAAAAAGUAAUUAAUGAUUCGACUGCUUAUUCAACUUUUUCCUUCAAACAAAAUCCAUAUCACAACCUUGUAACCGAGGCCCAGGUGGAUGCUCACUCGGUUCUGGAUUGUUCACGUUUAUGUAUGGUAUCUUCUACAUGUACCGCCUUUUCAUAUACUAACACUAAGUGCGUGCUAAAGAAACUGGUCUGAACUUUAAUGGAAUUCACCCCAAAAUUAUUUACUUCUCCAUGAAAUG